CGUCUUGUCUGUAGCAGCACUUGUUGAAAACAGGCCGUUUUCGGACGCACAAAAUGACCGCUGUUGUCAGAUUGCCCGAAUUAAAACGUCAGUGGAACGUAAAAGAUAAGUAUACCUACGUUUUCAUGUACGGUGUAUAAAACGGUGCCUUGAAUGCAGUUUCCCGUGUCCAGUUUCCAGUGUUUUCGUGCGCGGUCGUCGCUGCAACAAGCUGCAGUUUUGUAAAUCUCCGCAGUAAUAUUUUAUCAUUUUUGGCUCGCAAUUUGUUACAAGCGGUAGCGGCCGUUUCGGGGAUUUAUUUGAAGAGCUUCCGUAAGCGUUUGCCGGAUUUGUAAGCUAUGGACGACAAAUGAUAAACUAUUAAUAGGUUUGUUUAAUGCCGGUAAGUGAUGUACAUGAUUUAAAUAAACUAGAAUACCAAACAGAAUCGCAAACUAUAGCGGUUAAUAUACAAUCGCGCAGCUUAUUAAAGAUAUUGUGCUGGCAUUGACGAUGGUGCUGCCAGUUUGCAAUCGAGUUCCAAUAAUAUGCGGUGCCGCUGUUACAUUGCAAAGCGAUCUCCCUGCCAAUAUGGCGGCAUUUUCUCGAGAGGCAUGGUGGGUUGACACGCAGACAUAAUCAACAAUCCUUAUGCACAUACCUUUGUUACGUAGCUUUUGUCAUCCAUUCACCAAAAAAUUAACCAACUAUAUAUCUAUCUAAAUAAUGGAAAUUCGUCGUCAAGGUUCGUCAUGCAUCAAGGAAGUGUAGUGACCAUAAAACAGGAGAAAAGUGGAGCAGAUAUGCAGCCUUUCCUCGGGCUGUUGCGUUGUCCAUUCGGCAAAGGCUGUUCCAUUACCUUCUACCGUGAAUUUGAGUUGACAUGGGAGAUUGGCGUCAUUGGUGCCAGCUGGAAGACGAGGAUAUGAUACAGACCUUCUCGAGUAAAAAAGAAGGGAUGCGGAAUCUCCAGGCAGCGACCGUGGCCUCGUGAUGGGCCCCGUCGAGGGCGAACCGUCCGGCAUCUACUUCAGGGAUGGGAAGCGAAGGAUCGACUUCAUGCUGGUCUUUGAGGACAGCGAAGGAGUACGGAUGAACAAGCACGAUGGAUGGAGACAAACAUUCAUGGCCAACCUCCGCAAGGCUGGGCUCGACAUGGAAGAGGAAGUGGUGGAAGGCGAACGCAAGACAGUUCACUUCAUCAAACUAUCAGCCCCGUGGGCCGUUCUAGUUCAAUACGCCGAGGAGCUGUGUGUGCGUGCACCGCUUCAGGCCCAUCCAAACCCCAGCGUCAACUGGUCAGCCAAUCUGCUCAGCCUGCUUAGGAUACCAAACAUAAUGGACUCGGACAUUCCAAACAGACCUCUCGACUACUACACCUGCACUUUCAAAAAGUCCAAGCUGGACAGGUUCCUAGGUAGUGAGAACCAGGAGGAGUACUUCACCACGACGCAGCGAGUGCGUAUCGUCUACGAAAUUUUACAAACGGCGCAAUACGGCAAGAGACGGAAAGCGCAGAUCGGCAUCGACAGGCUCAUCGAGGAAGAAGUUUACACAGCGGCGUUUCCCCUACACGAUGGUCCAUUUCGGAAACCGCAGUACUACAUGGCGCCCAGUUCGCUCAACAAAAGGCAGGUUCUUUUCGAAUACUGGGCCAAAUGGUCGUGCUGGUACAAGUACCAACCACUGGACCACAUCAGAGAAUAUUUUGGAGAGAAAAUAGGCAUCUAUUUUGCGUGGUUAGGAUUUUAUACAGGGUGGCUCCUGCCAGCCGCGGUCGUAGGACUGAUAGUAUUCUUGUAUGGAAUUAUCACCGUCAGCAAGGAUGCACCCACAAACGAACUCUGCCACAGCGGAAUGCGCUAUAAAAUGUGUCCAAAGUGCGAUGAGUCCUACGGUUGCAGCUAUUGGUACCUUAGUGACUUAUGCAUCUCUACAAAGCUUACGUACCUGUUCGACCAUCCGGGUACUGUGUUCUACGCCAUUUUUGUUUCAUUUUGGGCCGUGAGUUUCCUCGAGUACUGGAAACGGAAGUCGGCGAGUCUGUCUCAUCACUGGGAUUGUAUGGAUUUCGAGGAGGAGGAGGAGAGGCCUCGUCCAGAAUUCGCCGCCAAAGCAACACGCAUCGAGCGCAAUCCAAUCACGGGUGUCAAGGAACCCUCGUUCCCGGCUCGCAUUCGCAAGAAAAGAAUCGCGGCUGGCUUCGCAGUUCUACUCCUCAUGCUCAUCCUCGUCUUAGUGUUUAUGGUAUCCGUGAUCAUCUACCGUGUCCUCGUCUCCAUUCCCAUGUUCCGUAGCAAGUCAUUCAAGGGAGUUGCUUCCGUGAUCGCCAGUUCCUCCGGUGCCCUGGUUAACCUCAUCUUCAUCAUGAUCCUGGGAAAGGUGUACGAAAGGCUCGCUUUGCGCCUUACGCAGUGGGAAAUGCACCGGACUCAGACAGACUUCGAGAACAACCUCAUCUUCAAAGUGUUUCUGUUCCAGUUUGUAAACUUCUAUUCGUCCAUUUUUUACAUCGCAUUUUUCAAGGGAAGGUUUGUGGGCUAUCCUGGUCACUAUUCACACCUUCUUGGUCUCCGCAAUGAAGAAUGUAGCGGGAGUGACUGCCUGAGCGAACUGGCACAACAGCUAGCAAUCAUUAUGGUUGGCAAGCAAAUCAUCAACAAUGCUCAGGAGAUACUAGUACCCAAAAUUAAAGCCUGGUGGCAUCGUCACAAGACAAAGUUUAUCAGCGAUGUAGCCCAGUCACGAUGGGAGCAAGAUUAUCAGCUGAUUCAAAACGAGGGUCUCUUCCAAGAGUACCUCGAAAUGGUGUUACAGUUUGGCUUCAUCACAAUCUUCGUGGCCGCCUUUCCGCUAGCACCUUUGUUCGCUCUUCUUAACAACUGGGUUGAAAUCCGAUUGGAUGCCCAAAAGUUCGUCUGCGAGACUCGACGCUGUGUGCCGGAGCGGGCUCAGAACAUCGGUGUCUGGUUCACAAUCCUUGAGCUUCUCACCAGGAUCGCUGUGAUCACAAACGCGUUCUUGAUCGCGUUCACAUCGGAUUUCUUGACAAGGACUGUCUACCGGUACGAGUACAACUUCAACCUUGAAGGUUACAUCAACUUUACGCUCGCUGUCGCUCCGAAUGGGACGCUUUCGCAACAUUGCAGGUAUCGAGAUCACCGAGAUCCUGAAGGAAAUUGGACGUUAUUUUAUUGGAAGCUGCUGGCAGUUCGUUUAGCCUUUGUCAUAAUAUUCGAGCACGUCGUAUUCGGAGUAUGUCGCUUAAUAGACGUGCUCGUUCCUGACAUUCCAAGCGAACUAGAGUUGAAGAUCAAGCGAGAGCGUUACUUGGCAAAACAGGCAUUGGCAGACUCGGACACCAUUAUGAAGGUGGCUCAGAGGCGGGAAGACGAAGACGACGAAGAACAAGGGAAGGCGCAGGCGCACUAGCACCAGCCCUGAAGCCGUUCAGGCGGGGCAGACUUUGCGGGAGCAUCGAGGAAACCGAACGGCCGCUCAACGGGCCGGCACUCAAAGUCACACGCGGGACCCCAACCAUACUUUCGCCCACAUUCCACGCUUUCCGAUAAUGUCUCUACCCUUAACACCUGAAGAGAAGCAACGGCGAAAUAACCGGAUGCAUUGCAUCCUUCACCCUUUAUGCAGUCGUCUGAAGAUGUGACGAGACUGCAGCUGGCAGCCCUGUUCAAAUCCAACGGACACGUCACAUCCUCUUUUUAUGACAAAAAAAAAAAUCUCUGUGUGCGAAAACUCGGAGCCAAAGUGUUCUACUUAAUACAUUUCCUCAGAUCUGUGUGUUGUUUGCAGCCAUUCACUUUGAAAUGUUCCAGAGCUGGCGCGCCCACACACACACACAAACCAUGCUGUGAGCUUGGUGAUUCCUCUUGUGAUGACUAUCCUAUCGGCGUGUUUUAACUUUCCGCCUUCGAGCCUUUUCAGCUUUUAUAUCAUGUGUGUCCAUAACGGUUCUCGAACUGUUUAGCUUUCAUUAUUUAUCAGUGUUGCUGGCGUGAAGUGCGAUUUUAAACUAGCAUGUGUUAAAAGAAGCGCAGACAUGUCGCUUAUUGUGAUUUCACUUUGCAGAAUAUCCGAAACAGCCAAAAUACCCUUUUUUGCGUGUGUUCAAUACUUCUGACGCUAUUUCGCACGGCUGUAAACAUAUCAAUUACAAGUUGGUGCCGACAAGUGAAGAUACAUGUGAUACUGUAGUAGGGUGGGAAGCAAGGCAACCGCCUUAAGGCCUGCACGUGAAGGUGAACAGGUCAUGUGCAGGUGAAAUGUGCAUUCAGAGUAGCGGGCUACAAAGUUUUCUUCUGUAUUUUUUUUCUACGGCACGGGAAACACAAUGCGAAAAUGUGUGAGUGUAAUAAUAAAUUUUUAACUGGAGCCAACUAUAGUGAAAAGAAAUCUGUAUUGUAAAAACAAAACAAAAACUGAUAUCCGAGACUGUGAAUCGGCAUAUAAAGAAAUUCAGGAAAAUAUCUCUUUGGGACCCAAACCAUUGUCAAUGGAUAUUGCGUACAACCAGGGAUAUUUCUGGUGGAUUAUGGUAGCCCACCGUGACGUGCAUUUCUUGUAUACCACCGUAACAACUAGAUGUAGAUGCAGUUGAUAUUUUUAGCUACCAUAUUACUGAUAAGCGCAAAAGUUUUUCUCAUAAGCAUAAACACAGCUGCAAGGGAGGCGAUAAAAUUUCGGUUGCGCUAAUUUUGCAGACAUGAAUGUUAUCAAAGACGACUGUAUCGCCCGGUGCGCUAAUUUGAACCAUCGUGAAUUACGCGCCAAAAUCACCGAAGCAGCUGUUUCGCUGCACCGUCGCCAGGUGGAGCAGUCGACCAGGCGCACGCACAGCAUAUCAGAGCAGCGCACUUUUUCCAGGUUAACCUACGUGUCCUAUGCCAGGGUCUUGCGUUAGGAAUAAUGGUUUUCAUUCCCAUAUUAUUGUCUUUUUCAUACGCGAAGGCAUUAAUAUCAGGUAUGUCGAAAGUAAAAUUUCUUUAUCGGACCAUCUUCUGUGGAAUAACUGUGAAAUAGGUGAAGCAAUCUAGUAGUAAAUCCAAACGAUCAUCAAAGUAUUCCCAACAAUAUCACACUUGGCAAGCGUAUCAACGCAGUUUGAAGGUAGCAUGUUUCAUUCAGCAUUCAGCCGUUCUGAAGGGUUACAAUGCCAAUAGCCGGUUGUUGUCUGCUGUUUACGCGCCACAUGUGACUGACUUCGUAUAUGCUUCUGUUGCUCCGCCUUUGUCGAAUGCAAUGCUAGGGCUCAUGUAUGCAAUAUUCGUGCAUUCAAAACCCGCAAGUUAUUUAUUUUUUAUUUUUUGCUUUAUUCUGUAGCUACUGCACGCACUUCUCAGUGUAGACAUACCCAAUACAUUCCAGCACUGUGGGAAAGGCUCCAGUCUGCAACCCUGCAGACACUUUCGACAUAGUUGGCACACAUAGUUUAAGAAUUAGGACAUAGUUUUGUAUAUGUUUUGUACUUUUGCUGUAAAAGCAAAAAAUGUCAUACGAAUGUCUAUAUACGUGAAAGCAAAGGAACAGCUUCCAGUAAAGACAGUAGCAUAGUUUUGGUGCAUCGUACGCUAUAGUCUUUACGUAUGUAUAUAAGGGAUAGCCUGGUGGCUUAUAUAUAAGCGAUAUAUAAGGGAUAGCCUGGUGGCUUAUAUAUAAGGGAUAUAUAAGGGAUAGCCUGGUGGCUUAUAUAUAGGCCAUAUAGGGACAGCCUGGUGGUUCAGCGCACUGCGCGAAGCUUGCUUUAUGUUUUGCGCAUGCGCAGAACCACCAAGGCUAUCCCUUACGUGCGCAAAGGCGAUAGCAUACGAUGCACUAAAACUGUGACUAAUUACAUCAUGUACAACCCCCUGGUACUCACAGAUGCCCGUAGGUUUCUUUUCCUUCCCUUUUUUUUUUUCCCCUUAGAGGAAUAGCAAGUCGGCCUACGCCUGACUAACCUUUCCUCCGCUCUUUUCUUUUUUUUUUUCAGUAAACGUAUUCCCCCCAGUAGGUUUUCUUUUCGUUUUACUGACACCUUUCCGAUAAAGCUUUUCGAAAAUAUUUCUGAGGUCACUGCGCCUCUGUGAAGUCUGUGUGUUCAUAUCAGAGCAUCUUUUUGUUAGCGUGCCCACAUGGACAUUUAUUUGCACAUAAAUAUGUCAUAUACCUCUUUGUCUUUGGGAACUUCAUGUACCCAUUAUAAUACAGAGACAAUAUUUUGUUCAAGGAAAUGGAACGUGAACUCCUCCAGGUAUGAUAUUCCAUGUUGAUACAAAGUGAGUCAGAAUUGUCAUCGACUGAGAGAAUAAAGACGUUGAUAAUCCA